AUGCUCAGGGCAGUGCGACUAAUGCUCAGGCAGCAUUCGACAGCUCUUGUCAUGAGUGAGAUCACACUCAGCAGGUUGAGAAUGGAUGGCUCCCCCCGGUGCAAAUCAAAGCUCCAGAUGAUGGCCAAGCCUCCAAGCAGUCUACGGGAGCGAGCAGCGAAGGAUAACGACACGCCCCCCACGCAGCCCCAGGGAGAGUGUCCUGGAACAUCUUUGCGACCUGAUACAAAUGGGAACCAAGACACGACUACCGGAGACCACGAGGGACGACGCAAAGAUCUCGACGACGGUCGUCUACCGUACACGACAGACGAGCAAGGCCGCGUUCAGCCCAAUGACUUCAAGGUCAUGCUGAACGCGGACGGUGGUCGUGCCUAUGCGAAAACAGCGGAGAAAGAGGAGCUGACAGGGUGGGCGAGGUUUGCGGAGGAGGUCUGGACAUUUGAAGACAAGCGAAUGGAGCGUUGGAAGGACGACAUAAACUACCUUCUUCUAUAUCGAUAUUUCGAGAUCACAGCCUCAGCACUGCUGGACUCCGCACGACUCCCGCAUGACGACUUUGAUCGUGUUCAUAACGAUGUUCGUAUUGCACUAGACGUCAUUGUCGAGUACUGCAGGUUGUUUUGCUUAGAGGACGUGGUCCAGGCGAGCACUUGGGACGAAUUCUCGGACCUCCUCUAUAUAUGUUACGAGCUCGCGCGAGCGGAUAUCACACGGCCUACUCGCGAUGAUACACUUACUUUGGGCCACUCCACCGACUCCAUUCCUGAUGAGCCCGUUGCUGAGGCAACUGUCAGCCCUGCACCAUCGUCGCAAGAUACCGAUGAAACACAGAGGGAGUACCCACAGGUGGUCGAAGGCACUUCAAUGCAGUAG